CAGUGAGUGAGAGAGUGUGCGUGUGAGUUGAGUGUAGGAUUGCGGGCAGCAUGGCCUCCAGAGCGGGGUUCCUCCCGAGCAGCCCCGCUGGCCCCGGCGGUGCGAACCCCGGCGCCGCGGGUCCCCCAGGCGGAGUGCGGAUGGCGGGGGUGCCACCGAGCGCGGGGGGCUACCGGGGUCUUCCCAGCCCCGCUGGACAGUACCCGCGUCCCGGAAUGCCACCCAGCCGAAGCAUGCCCAUGGGUGGGAUAGGGCCAAUGGGUUCCCCCAUGCCCGGGCCAUCCUACGGAAGCGGCAUGCCCGGACGCCCCGGAAUGCCUCAUUCGUCGCUGGACCCAGCCCGCAAGCGACUGCUCCAACAGCAAGCGGGGGGGCUGAUGGGACCCCGGAGAGGGAUUAAAAGACGCAAGAUGGCUGACAAAGUCCUUCCACAGAGGAUUCGAGACCUGGUUCCAGAGUCACAGGCAUACAUGGACCUCUUGGCCUUUGAGAGGAAGCUGGACCAGACUAUUGCCCGCAAGCGCAUGGAGAUCCAGGAGGCCAUCAAGAAGCCCAUCACGCAAAAGCGCAAGCUAAGGAUUUACAUCUCCAACACCUGCACACCUGGCAAGCCAGAGGGGGAGGAGGCUGAGAAGGUGGCAUCGUGGGAACUUAGAGUGGAGGGCAAACUGCUAGACGAUCCUGGGAAACAGAAGAGAAAGUUCUCAUCCUUCUUCAAAAGCUUGGUCAUCGAACUCGAUAAAGAACUCUAUGGUCCAGACAAUCAUUUGGUAGAGUGGCACAGGAUGCCCACAACUCAGGAGACAGAUGGCUUUCAGGUGAAGAGACCUGGUGAUGUCAGUGUGAAAUGCACUCUCCUCCUCAUGCUGGACCACCAGCCUCCGCAGUAUAAGUUGGACCCACGGCUGGCCCGGCUCCUGGGGGUCCACACCCAGACCAGAGCAAGCAUCAUGCAGGCACUUUGGCUCUACAUCAAGAGCAACAAACUGCAGGAUUGCCACGAGAAAGAAUACAUCAACUGCAACCGCUACUUCAGACAGAUUUUUGCCUGCCCUCGGAUGAGGUUCUCUGAGAUACCCAUGAAGCUGGCUGGGCUCCUGCAGCACCCCGACCCCAUCGUCAUCAACCACAUCAUCAGCGUGGACCCCAACGACCAGAAGAAGACGGCCUGCUUUGAUAUUGAUGUUGAAGUGGAUGACCCACUGAAGAGCCAGAUGACCAGCUUCCUUUCCUCUACCACCAACCAGCAGGAGAUUGCUGCCUUGGAGAUGAAGAUCCACGAGACCAUCGAGUCCAUAAACCAGCUGAAGACCCAGAGAGACUUCAUGCUGAGCUUCAGCAACAACCCCCAGGACUUCAUCCAGGACUGGCUUAAGUCUCAAAGCCGAGACCUCAAGCUGAUGACGGACACUGCCGGGAACCCUGAGGAGGAGAGGAGGAGCGAGUUCUACCAGGCUCCCUGGGUCCAGGAGGCUGUGGGUCGUUAUGUAUUCUCCAAAGUAUGUGUUGGAAAAAUGGUUCCCAAUGUACAGCAGAGAAGGCAGGAGCUGGAGCAGGUACUGGGCAUUCGCCUCACCUAAGCCUCAGAGGCUGAGGGUAAGGAACUUCUGAGUGCUCAUCUUGGACCGGCCUUCGCCCACCGACUCCUAAAUAAUCCUAACCAACAGGAUAAGUUGGAGGGAAAGUGCUGAGUCCUAGAUCAGUGCUAUUAAUCCAUGAAUGCAGAUGCACACUUCUCUUCGGCCCUUCAGAAAGGGGUUCGGCUGUAUUCCGCAGGAAGACCAACUUCAAAUGCUGCGACAGAAUGGCUCAACUGGAAUGUGGUUUUUUUUGUUUGUUUGUUUGUUUGUUUGUUUGUUUGUGUAUUUCAAACAUAUCUUCUUCAGAGUAAUGUGCAACAUUACAUACACAUGUCCUUAAUUUUACAUGCGAUUUUCUGUUUCUAGUCCUGGAUGUUGGACAGCGUUGUGCUAUAUCGCUGGUGUUAGCUCUUAUACUCUUAUGUGCUUUUUGAAGCAUUCGGUGUUUCUUAUCAAGCUUGCCUUUUUUUUUUUUUUGGAAAGAGUUUCUGAUCCCAGCAGCUCUGCAAAGCCACAACUACUUAUUCUUUCUUUAGCAUUUUUGCCUGCAAGAGUCAACUGUGUACUAAGAUAGAAGCUUCGAAUUAAUUAGCUAGAAUAGGGCGUAGACUUUGAUAUAGAUGCAGGAAUCCAUCUCUGUCAGACUCUCAGGAAGAAGAUGCUGAUCUGUGUUGAAGAGCCAUUGUUUGGUCCACUCAAGCCUGACAGAGACGUUUUGCUUCAGACGAUUCAAGGUCCCCCCACCCCCUUUCUCCUCCGGUGUUUACAGACUGUUUUGUGUUGUUAGGCUGUUUUACUGUGACUGUGCCAGACGUAGCUGUGAGCGAACACAGCUAGAGAUCGUCGUACUUGUUUGUUACAGUGGGUAGGAUUAUAAGCCAUUUUAAUAUUUUUCAUAGUCAACAUUGAGAUGCCAUAAACUUAAGGAUUUCUGAUACCUGAAAGAAUUCUGAUGCCUUCUGUCUUCUUAAAGGAAUAGUUCCUCUAACCCCAAAAACAGUCGAUCAGCCAGAACAUGUUAGGGGUCUGAAGUUUUGCUUUAAUAGUUUUGCGCUCGAGCUACAAGGCUAAUGUAGCUUAUUCCAUAAGUAAUGGAAUCGAAUUAAAAGCUAAUUACUGUUGUUUGCUGAAUUUAGCGUAUUGGGGGGGGGGUAAUUUUUUUUUUUUCCAAACAGGUUUAACUCAGCAAGUAAUUCAAAAUUGUGCACUAAAUUAUAGAAAAAUGCCAUAUAUAACUAUAUAUAAUUCAUAUAACUCUGUAGAUCUGUUAACUUAUUUUCACAUAGAAAAUCAACAAAAUGUGUCAUUUGACCAGAGGUGUUAAAAAUUUUCCAUAUAACUGUAGAUCACACUGUUUUAUACAGUGUCAAAGUGCAAUUUAAAUGAUUAGCAGCUUAACAUUCUCAAUUAAUUUCCUCUAAUAAAGGUGCACAGUAUGUUAUUGUGAUAAUGAGCGUGUUCACUUAUAAUCCGGUAACUGCAGAAAAUCCAAUUUUAUCAGUCUGAUUAAUGCAUUUACAUGCACUUGAGUAAUCAGAUAAUGAGGAAACUCUAGGUCUACAUGAGUCACAGUAAUCAGAUUUAAAAAACUAAACUUUUUAAAAAACAUUUUGUCCUUUUACCUCAAAAUAUGAACACACAUUUAUCUAGAAGGUGAAGAAUAUUUAAAUCCUUCAUUUCAUCAAGGAUGUAUUUGGUUUCAGCGCCGCUCCAAGUUUUCGCUGCGUCAGUGUCAACACUGCUCGCUUAUUUCCUGUACCGCUCUCUGUUCUUGCACAUGCUCAGACUGAGAAAUAAGAAAGAAAUCAGAGUGAGAGUUCACAGCACUGAGAAAUCAAGAUUACUGAGCUAAAAUCCAG